AUGCCUUUUCGAGGCUUCAUCCGCGGUUGCUACGAUUCGAUGUUAGUUCACGGCUUCAAUAAAACGAUUGUGCACUGGUAUCAGUGGUUGGAGCGAGAGUCAUGCCAUUUUUACAACAAACAGGACGUGCUUCAGUUGCCAUAUCGAUCGACGAAUCACGUGAAUCGCAAUCCGAAUCAUCUGUACCUGUGUACAUGUUACUCGGACGGUUGCAAUGGUCAGUCUCAGCAUAGUGCCCCGCAUAUGAACUGGAAACUUUUCCAAUUGCCGCCUCCGUUGUUGCCGACCAUGUGCCUGUUCAUGAGCUGGCUUUGGACAACCAGGACUUCAUGA